CAAUCGAAAAAACAAUCACCACAUUUCCAUUAGGACUGCAGCUUAACUAACAACUCAGAGCAGAAACGUACGUUAAGGAGCAAGUGGAUUCGUCUUGGAGGAUGGAACAUCAUACAUAUGCCAAGACUGGCUCGAAGAAAUGGUCGGCCCAGGAGAAGAGGGAAUUGGUGGAACAGCGCAUUGCUGCAGAUGAUCUGUUUUCGAAGUAUUCGCCGAGGCACCCGGAGCCAUGGAAGAAGUUCAAGGAAAUCACCAAGAUCGGUGGCUACAGCGAGAAUGCUUUGCGCCGUCAAUGGUUCUCCAUGAUCCAGCGCUAUAGAGUGCUUAAGGCGAAUGCCGUGGGCAAGCCGCUAAAUCGCCAAACCAUCGUGGAGCUCAACCAGGAGUGGGAGUUUUUUGGGUUGAUUCACUCCUAUAUGAACCAGAAGACCGCCGACCUCCACUCGUAUGCUCUCAAGGAGCCCAACGUGGAGCCGCCAGUCAACACUUUGGCGAUUUCCAGCGUCUUCUCGUGUGAAGAGAGCCAGCUUUCCCCGUUGAUGCUUGGGGUUCUAAAUGAUCAUAACUUUGGGGAGCGUUCACCCCCGGUUGGUAAUGAAUCUGAUGAUCUUAAUGAUGUUGAUGAUUAUCAACAGCCGCACGGUGGGGGCGGUAAUAACGACGAGCUAAACAAGCUAUUGGCCGAGACCCAGGCCCCCAACAAGAUGUCGGAGGAGGAUUAUGGCAUUGUGGACGAGGUGGAGUGCGGUCCGGUUAUGAUUGGCGGCGAGGUGUCGCUCUCGAACAGUCACUACAACGACUUGGAUUCUGUGCCGCAGACUGGUUCGUCAUUCGAGCCCCAGAUUGUUGAGGUGGAGCUAGUGGCUCCGAUGAAUGGGGACGGACAGGACCCCUAUCGCCAUCGUUUCGUUCCGAAGCCGAAGAAGAAGCGCUUCCCCAAGGGACUCACCGAGAAGGAGAAGUAUUAUAGACACCGUCGUUACUUCGAGAAGCGCUUGGAGAAGCGUCUGGCUGGGAUCUGCACCGUGGUGGCCAAUGUGAUAACUCAUUCAUUACCAAAUGUUGACGUGAAGCCGAUAUUGGAACUCGGCAACGAGAUGGCUAACAAUUUGCUAUCACCAGCCAGCACUGACAGCGAGGACGAGGUCGACGACGAGGGAGAGGAGGAAAUGGAGGACGAGGAGGGGUUCUAGAAGGAUGGGUUUCAAAUGAAUCCAGGGGAAAAGGGGGGGGGUCAAAAACCCAACGCAGGGACGUUGGUUUUUUGAAAACGGAUUCAUGUUAGUUCCUAGCUGAUUCUCCGCAUCUUAGAAGCCGGAUGGCCUCUACCAUACACACGCACACAUAGUACACACAACAUUAAACCAUAUUCCUGCCCAAAAGACUUGGAGGCUUGAAACCAAAACAAGGCUUGAGGACGACAAGACGAAGAUGAUACUAAAAAACUACAAAACUACAAAAGAAAACAAGAAAAACAAAGAAAAAAAUGAAAGCUCUCGAAUGUGAUGCUGAUGGCCAGGCACUAAUCAAAAAAAAAAAAAAUGCAUGGAAUGUAUCAGACACCUCUCGCAACAACAACCAUAGGUUGAAGACGUUGCGAAAACUAAACAAAAUACAAAUUAUACAUUAUAAAAAAAAAGAAAAAUCAAAAAAAAAAAUCAUAAAAAAAAAAAAAAAAAAAAAAGAACGAGAACCAAAAACCAAAAAAACAAAACCAAUGGAAGCUUAUUGGUUUUGAAAAACCUACGUGUGAUGAAUGUACAUAGAUUUUAGUUUAUGUUUUCUCAUUACACGUCUACACUAACACUAUAUUUUAUCGUAAUUAUAUAAAACCACCUCAAUUAUUGUAACAAAUUGCAAGACAAUUUGAAUUAUAACAACCAUAAAAACUCAUUGGCCAAUAAAACGACGAAUGACACAAAAAA